AUAUCCAGGUAUUCCCAGGUUUUGCAAGUUUACCUUUGUCGUUAAUGGAAGUGUAUUACCCUAAAGACUUUGUGAAGUGUGGAGUAUGCAAUAAGCAGUGUACAAAUCCAGAACAAUUGUCGUGUUUUCAUUCCUUUUGUGCGGCAUGUAUUAGUCAAUUAGAAUAUCAAGAGAGUGGAGUAGUUACCUGUCCUAGGUGUGAAUUUGAGGGACCGUCUCAAAAACAAUCGGAUGCAGUAAUACGAGUUCUAUUGGGUAUAAUGAAAGGUGGUGUAGAAUUGUGUGAAGAUCACCAUGAUCAGCCAUAUACAUCAUUUUGUCAGAUAUGUGAAUGUGUUUUAUGUGACAAAUGCAUAACUCAUAAACACAAAGGGUGUGUGUCCGUUGUAACAGUUCGGGAUGACAAUAUUGACGAAAUUAUCAACACAUUUAGAGCCAAAGUAGAAAAGGAUCUUGCAAAAUCAACAAGGAAUGUCACCGAUUCAUAUACAAAUUUCGUAAAGCAACAGCAGAGUAUAUUCAAAGAAAAAUGCGAAAUUUCAACAACAGUUUCAGCUUUUUACUACAAUUUAAAAACGAAAAUAUUACAGUAUCUAAUUGAACAGGAAAAAAUGUUUCAAGACUAUGUUCAGAAACAUUAUUCAAACUUAGAACAAAAAAUGGACAAACAUAUCAAGCAAAACAAAUCUAUUUGUCAAAGAUUCGCAUGCCAUGCUGAUCUAUUUAGCGUUAUAGGUAAAGCACAUGCAAACAUUUCCAAUCUGCGUUUAUAUGAAUCGGUUAAGAAAGAAGUGUCACGUUUAAAACCCGAAAUAACGGAGAUCGAUGAAUGUGACACCGUACAGUUUUUACCAGAUGAAUCACGAUUGAAAGACAUAUUUGAUUUUCAACUGGCUAACUUAAGAUUGGCAGGUAAAAAUAUUACAGAGGAAUCGGAUAGAACAUCAAAUCUGUGUAAUAUAGACGAGCUUAUGGUUUAUCCAGCGCUUCCAUGUGCACGUGAAACGGGCACCAUAAGCAUAGAUCCUUCGACUUCGAACGAGACCACACUAAACUAUCAAAAUACGGAUGGAGCUACACCAUCGGAUUUAGAUGAAAACUCGCACACUGGCUCAUCAGAGUUACAGGACAGCGACCCUCAUCUACCAACGAGUCAAUUAACACAAUCACCAGUUACCGAAUCUUCUAACCCAAUUGGUACAGCUGUUAAGUAUGUAGAUACGAAUGAAAAUGCUCAGGAAACUGAAACAGAAUAUACAGAUAAUCAUCCGUCCACUAUAUUCUGUGAAUCUGACAUUGACACCCGAUCACUGACGAGUCAAUGUACGGCAACACCGAUUCCAGACAAUAUGAAUGCAUACAGUUGUGAGGCAGUAGAUAAUAGAACGACACAUUUCCCAACAGAACCAGAUAGUUUCUAUGAGUAUGGCGACUAUGUACAACAAUUUAAAAGUCAGUCUGCCGAGGAUCGUCGAUCAGGGAUAGCAGUUGGAAUGACCUGGGUUGGCGAUGACCAUAUACUGAUGGUAGAUAGAUGGAAUCAUAAAUUAAAACUUUUCACUGAAAAGGGAGCUUUAGUUAGUACAACUGUAGUACCGGCAGGUGGAGAGCCAUGGGAUAUUGCAUAUAUAAAUAACACAAACCCCAGCAACAUUCACACGUGUGCGGUCACUAUACCUACGGAUAAACGAAUUCUGUUCGUCCGUAUCCUUGACAAGAUAGAAGUUUCCAGAAGUAUAGUAACACGAUGUGGCUAUUGUUGUCUUGCCCAUGACAAGAACGGUCAUACUUUGGUUUGUGGUACUUGUCGGCCAUUUAUUAAUGUUCCUUCUAUCCACAUUAUUAAUUCCCAGGGUAUUGUGCAGAUGGAGGUUGCUUUAGAUGGGAUGGGAAAUCCCUUAUUUGAUUAUCCAAGGUCAGUUGAUGUAACAGAAGAUGGCAAAAUUAUCGUUUGUGACUGGAAGAAAAAACGACUGCUUUUCAUGAAGACGGAUGGUUUCAUCUUGGGGGCUUACCAGGGUACACUUGACUACCCGCUGAAAGAACCAAUUGGCACAGCUCUAGAUGGACUGGGAAAUGUUCUGGUAACAGAUACAAAGGCAAAUAGAAUUCAGACAAUCUCAGUCAAAGAUCGACAGUUUGUUACCGCCUUAAAACUAGACAAAGAUUUGUACAACCCAAGAGAAAUAGCACUUGUAAAGAAAUCUAACUGUUAUCCUAAAAUAGCGAUAGCAACCGACAUGAAUGUCGUCAUUUUCGAUUUAUGGAACCCUGUCAGUCGGGAGGAACCAUCAGCUCCACCAGUAAAUCCUUAAGCUCCAAUCUCAACAGUGUUUUAAAUGGUAUGAAUUGCAUAUUAGUUAAGGUGUGUAUGCAGUUAUCACUUAAUAGGUGCAGUCGACGAAAUAAGCUUUUAUGGAACUUAGACAUACGCUUAUGUAUGAUCAAAAGACGGUGACAGAGGAAAAUUUGAAAUGAAAGUUUAUUAUUUUCCAUUUUUUUUACUGAAAAAAUGAAUCAAUUUUCUUUGUAUUUACAUUUUAUUUAGAGAUAGUCAAAGUCAAAAAUUGGUUUAGACAGCUAUAUAUCAAUAACCUUAUCAAACGCCUUAUGAUUUAGAGAUAAUAUCGGAUGCAGAUUUCAGGAAUAUUUUAUUAUCCACUAUUGUAUUAAUAACUGAUUAUUGAACUUAUCUUUUUAGUAGUCAGGAUUAAGAUAUACAGAUGGGUUAGAGUUAACACAUUUUUCCCCAGUAUUUUACAAAUAAAUGGAAUUAGUUUUUUUUUGCAGUCAACAUUACACCUUUAUACUAACAAUAUAUAUAGCAAAAGCAGAUGAUCAGGAUUCUGCCAAAAUCUAGUUUAAUUUUGUUUUAUGUACUUGCGGUAUUUGUGCAAAUUGUGAAAUUUCCACUUUAUAACUUACCAUUCCCUUGAUAAAAGAGGGACGGACGAUACCAGAGGAACAGUCAAACUCAUAAAUUGAAAAUAAUAGUUAUCAAAUGUACCAGGAUUAUAAUUUAGUACGCCAGACGCGCGUUUCGUCAACAUAAGACUCAUCAGUGACGCUCAUAAAAUGACAACGCCAUGGCUAAAAAUGAAAAGGACAAACAGACAACAAUAGAACACAUAUAGGGUAAACAGAUCCUGCUUCACAUGUGGCACUCGUCGUGUUACUCAUGUUAUUACAAACUCGGUAAAUAAUCUUAUACGGUAGCUAGGCCACAUUCGUGAAAAGGGAACAGAUUGUAGUUACGACAUAAGAAACAUAUCCGAUAUCAUUUGUAAAACGGUUAUUCCAUAACGGUCAACCAACUCGUAGUGGCGUCCGUAAAAUUUACGAAGACGGAUGAUUUCACUUUCACCACCAAUCACUCUUGAUUUAUAGCAUCUUUGUGAGCAACAAACUUCUAUCCAGAAAAUCAUAAUAGGAAAUUCAAGCACGGGAAUGUCGUAUCAAUUGGGAGAUAUAUACACUGUAUGAAAAACUUUACCACCUGAAAUAAUUGGACAAACACUCCAAUAUUAUAUAAUAGUCUUUCUUCUUUUUUUGUUUCUUUUUUACUUCCGUAUAAGGAUACAGUGGUGGUUUAACUAAUUGGUCAACCGUGACACACUAAUACUAUGGUACAUAUAUAUGUUUACGUUAUUUAAUUAUUUAUGUUACAUAUUGCGUUGGGUUUUUUUUUUAUUCAGGUAUACGAAUUUUUGUU